UAUGCAUCCAGAACAUUUCGCAAAGACGGGAAAGUUUUGGAACUCCAGGGGAAUGGAACAACGAAUGACUACAGGAUUUUACUUGACGUCCUUGGCCAUUGAGCUAUGUGAUCAAGUCUUGCUCUAUGGAUUCUGGCCGUUCACUGCCACUGCUGAUGGAAAGCCUGUGAAUUAUCAUUACUUCGACCAGAUGGAUCUCUCCACUUCCACAGCUCAUAAUUUCUCGACAGAGUUCGAAGUCUUACUUCAAUUACACGAAGAAGGAAUCAUUCACUUAAAUAUCGACAAAUGUGACUGAAUCAGUAUUGUUUAAAAUAUGGUGAACUUUUAUUAAUAUAUUUCACAUUAAUAAAUAUCACAUUUUUGUGAUCAUAUUUUUUUAGCUUUUGAAGUGCAGAUCACAGAAUGGGG